AAAUAGCUCUGGAAAUUACACGAUUUUGAAGCCAGGGUUGCAAGCAACUCUCUCAAGGGUUUUGCAGCGUUCUCUCUCUCUCUCUCUCUCUCUCUCAAUGGGCAGCACAGCGGUGGCUGAAAAGACGGAGGAAGAACUCCGCAAGGAGAUCGAUGAACUCUACCGCCAACAGCGUGAGAUUACGGAGCGGCUUCGCGAUCCCAGGGGAAUUCGACGGGGUGGAUUAUCCGGCGCCGGACCGCGCAAUUUUGCCGCCAAUGGCGCCGAGAGGAACGAUGCGGAGGACCAGCCACCGGCGAAGAGGAGACUCUCCUCGGCUGUUGUGAAGGUUGAAGAUGGGGAAAUAGCGGAGGAAGGUUCUGAAGCUGCAACGGAUGUGCAGAAGAAUGAUGUAGCCAGUGAAAUAGGGGAUAGUGGAAAUGAAAAUGCAAGCCAGGGUGAGAAAAAUCCAUCCAAUUGGUCUCGGAGAGAUGGUAGUCAGAGGUCAUCUAAGAUGGAUUUUGAAAUCCCUCCAGCGGAACACAUACCAAGAGUAUUGCCGAAGAAUGAGGACCCUAGUUUGGUCAGCAUGAAUAAGAGGAUGUUAGGUCAGCUUCUUGGGACUUUGGAGAGAUUCCGGAAGGAAGAUAUGCAACUGUCAGGUACGGAGGCAUACAUGAGGAGAUCCGAUUCAUUGAAGAGGGCUGAGCAACGCGCACGUGAAGAGAGUGAAAAGCUGAGGCAACAAGAGCGUGAACAGAUUGCAGAAAAGCGGAAGAGGGAUUUGACUCUCAGAGCACGUAUUGCUGCAAAGGCAGAGGAAAAAAAGUUGGAAUUGCUGUUUCUUCGGUGGAGUGAGCACCACAAAAAACUUGGAAAUUUCAUAAGGACCAAGGCAGAGCCUCCAAUUUAUUACAUGUUCUCCAAACCUCUGGAUCAAGCAACUUUGACUGAGCAGCAGAAAGAACAGAUGUUUCAAGAAUGGAAGGCUGCUAGGAGAGACGAACUAUCACAAUAUCAGAAGCAGAUUGCAGAGCAGUAUGUUGCAAACGUUGACAAGGAGCUGGAAAGGUGGCAGAAUGGAAGAAAAGGUAGGAGAGCAAAUAACGAUAUGGCAAACUUACAGGAGACAAUGGACAAAGAACUCGAAACCCAUCAGCUCGAGCAUGGGCCAAAGACUAGAAAAAUUCCUGGCCAAGAUAACAAUGAAGACGAGGAUGAUGUGGAAGACAUAAAUGUCGGCGAGGAUGAUAUGAUGGAUGAUGUGCUUGGCGUUGAUGAUAAUCGAAGGGUUGACGAGACAGUGAAAGUAGAAGAAGCAGGUAACGGUAGCCCAAUCGAGGAGAAGAAGGAUGAGUAGGGCAGGGGAGCAAAUAUUUAAUCUUUGCACUUUUCUGCUGGUGUCUUGCAUCCUUCAGAGCGUCUGGUAAGUUAAAAAGAAUUUGUGGGUGCCUAGGAUCCUAAUUGAUUCUCUGAGUCCUCUAGUAUUGCUUCACUUGUGAAAUAUUUUGGAGGAAUGGAACGUCGAAUUUUACUGAGUUUUUAGAUUUGUUUUUCUGAAUUAAAAGUUUCUAUUAUUCUAUGGAUGGAUGUUCGUGUUGUUUGU